GACAUUUGGGAAAUUUCGUUUGACCUAAUUUUUGGGACUUCUUUUCAUUUCCUAUUUUUCAUUCACCCUUCUAACUUGAGGAGAUUCUUCUUAUCUUUGCUUCUUCUUUGGUUCUUGCCUAGGGGAAGAAAAAAAAUUUGUAGUGUAGGAGCUUGGCUAGCGAUUGAUUUGACGGAGAGCGCGAGAGCUCAUUCUUCUUCUUCUUUGCGCCUUCCUCUCUCUUUGAUCGAUCGAAUCUGGAUCGCCCAACAAGAAAGAAGAGGCAGACGAUGGCGCCGCUCAUCCAAUUCUUGCAGUGAAGGAAGACCCAAGCGAUUUUUUUCUUCGAUUUCAAGAUGCCGGGAGUGUUGAUCGAUGAUAUGCCCUUCUCGCUGGAUCAUCCCGCCUCCACAUCGCCAUUCUUGGACAAUCUCUCGCCGCUCUCAUCGCCCUCUUCCCCCUUCCACCAGAUGCAUCACCACCACCACCACCACCUCCACCAGCAAAGCAGCAGUCUUUUGGAAUCCAUAAUGGCCACCGUCUCUUCUCCCACCUCGUCCUCUCCGCCGUCCUCUCCGGUGGACAGUCCGCGCGGCACCUCGCACGACGCCGCGCUGUCUACCGUGCUGCACCGCUUCCUACCGUCCAACAACAGCGAUGAAGCGACCUGGAGCGCCGAGGACGUCUACUCUUGCGACGAGUUCCGGAUGUUCGAGUUCAAGGUCCGGCGGUGUAUGCGCGGCCGGAGCCACGACUGGACCGAGUGUCCGUUCGCUCAUCCGGGCGAGAAGGCUCGGCGGAGAGAUCCGCGGCGGUUUCACUACUCGGGCACUGCUUGCCCGGACUUCCGCAAGGGGAGCUGCAAGAACGGCGACGCCUGCGAGCUGGCGCACGGCGUGUUCGAGUGCUGGCUGCAUCCCGCGCGGUACCGCACGCAGCCGUGCAAGGAUGGCCGGAGCUGCAAGAGGAGAGUGUGCUUCUUUGCGCACACGUCCGAGCAGCUCCGCCUUCUUCCCCAGGUCUCGCAGGCCAUGAGCAAUUCGCCUUCUUCCACUACGCCCUCUUCCUCCUCGCCACCCUCUUCUUCCUCCUCAAACGCGCUCUUCUCGUCCUCGCCGUGUUCUUCGUCGCCAUCGCUGCCCUCUUCUUUCUGCGCCACCACCUCGCCGGAUUCCUUCUCCUCCGCCCCCUUCGUGGGCUCUCCCUGCUCGCCGCGAAGAUCUUCCGCCUCGGCCGCGGCAUCGCUCCUCCGGAGCUUCAGCGACAAACCAUUCGCGGGCUCGUCGCCGUCGCUUGGCUUGGAUUCCUUCGAGCCCUCCAGCGCCAUGUCGACGUCGUACUGCUGCUGCCACCAGGGCCCGCAACAGCAGUCGUCUCGGGCAGUGGCGGCAUGCAGCGCGGCACGCCUCAUCUCCUCCCCGACCUCCACUCUCGUCGGCCUCGCGCAGUCUCCACCGCCGCUCUCCCCGCCACUCUCGCCGUCGCAGUCGCCGCCCAUGUCGCCCUCGGCGGUACCGCGGCGUCACCUCGACACCCGCCGCCUCGGCUUCGCGUCCGCGCCGUCCAGCCCCGCCACCAGCCACCAUCCGCUCCACAAUAAGGCCAUGUGCGAUCUCGUCACCGCGCUCCAGCAGCUCGAGCUCCAGAAGUCGGUUACCGUGCCGCACGUCGCGGGCGGUAUGCAGCACGGUACCGCCGGGUGGGUCCAGUGCAGCCCGCAGUACAGCAGCGGCCCCAGCCCGCUCCGGCCGGGGGCGAGCGCGGGGAGCUGGGCACCGCCGUGCGCCGUACCGCGCGGUACGAGCGUCAGCCUGCCGUGUACCCCGACCAAGCCGACGAGGUGGGACACAAUGUGGGAGAUGGAGAUGGGCGAGGAGGAUCUUUUGGAGGAGCAGGAGAUGCUAUCGAUGCCGGUGCCAAGGGUGGAAUCGGGCAGGGAUUUGCGAGCAAAGAUCUAUGGGAGGCUGGCGACCAAGGUGAUUGGAAGUGGUGGAAAUGGUGGUGGUGGUGGCGAGAGUAGCGGACUGGGGAUCGGGUACGAGGCUGGAAUUGGAGAGCCAAGCCCGGAUCUGAAUUGGGUGAACGAUCUGGUGACCGAGUGACAUGGAUGGAUGAUCCGACCCAACGCGCGCUUGGCGAUUUCUCUCUAUACAGGCAUUUUUCGAUUCUUUUUUUAAGAUUUAUUCAGUAGGAGCAAGCAAGCAGGAGUAGCAGCAAAAGACUCAAGAGACGAUGGAUUGAAGAAAACAAAAACAAGGGAAGAGUUUCUCAGGAACUGAGGUGCUUUGGUUCCGGAUCAAGCAAAGGCAAGAGGGGUGAACCGAUUUAACUCGGAGGAGGUACUAGUUUAACGAUAUUGAAGAAAAAUUUGAGAAAGUUGGCAGAGGAGUUGUGGUAUAUGAUGUUUAUAGGAGGGAUGGAGCUAGUAGAUCUCUUUCUGUAGUUUGGGGGUUCUCUUUUUUUUCGUUCCUUCUUUCUUGCUCACUUGGUUGGAUGAAGAUCCUCCAAGUCUAUGUUUAUUUCUUGAAUUUUUUUGUGUACAUGUUUUUUUGCAAGCUGGUCUUUUCCAUUUUUUCUUUAUGUAAAUAAUAUAUACUAUAUAUACUAUA